UCUCCAUAGCUCAACCUACAACAGUUGGUUCAUCUUCUGCCAACAGCCACUAGAAGAGGCAGUAACAAUAUGAGCAAGAAUGGAGAAAACUAUUAAGGAUCGCCUUAUUGACGUUUUUGAUGAUCUGGGGGAGGCUAACCAAAAGAAAUUUAAAAACAAAUUGUGCGAUCGACAGAAAGAACCGCGCGUCCGCCGAAGUGCGACCGAAAAGGCUGCAGACUCGAUAGAUCUCGCAGAUCUAAUGGUGACCACUUUCACGUCGAAAGACGCGGUUUCUGUAUCACUCGAAAUUUUAGAGGCAAUUGGCUGUAGAGAACAAGCAGCGGAACUCAGAGAGGUCACAGGACACAGUUCAUCUGACAGCGUUCAAGAUAUGCCAGCACAGCCAAGCCCUCCAUCUAAUGAUAAACACUUCAUUGACAGGAAUCGGACAGCGCUGAUACAACGAGUUAAUAACAUAGACGCCAUCCUUGAUGAACUUUAUGAAAAGGAAAUCAUCAGACAGGAAGAAUACAAUGCCAUCCGUGCUGAGAAAACACCGCAAAGCAAGAUGAGAGCGUUAUUUGAUGGCCCCAUCAAUUCUGCUGGCACUGGAGGGAAAGAUACCUUAUACAAAGUUCUUAUGAAGUUACAGUCCUACUUAAUGAAAGAGCUUGGGGCUAAGUGAAACUCCUGACAGCCUGAAUGUUUUUUAAUGGUUUUAUUUACUUUUGUCUCCUGUAGUAUAUGGGAAAUAUUUUGCAAACCAUACCUUCCAAUUAUUGUAACAAAAGCUGUCCAAACAUACACUGCACUAACAUAUUAAAAGUGAUGCCAUCUUUUGAAAACUAGGCUUUUUAUCACACACUGCAGAAUCUAACUUCACUGGACCAAAGUCUCUUCCUCUCCACUAUGUUUAUUGGUUUUUCCAAGCACAACCCAUUUCAUAGAUUAGCCACAAAAUCAGGUCUAUCAAAAAGCUUGCUUGGUUGACCAACAGGGUUUGGGCUGUAACGGAAUAGGCUACAUGUAUUCAGAAUACAAAAAUGAAGAAACUGUAUUCAGCCCCCAUUACGUUUUCAAGCACCUGUAUUCAGAAUACAGUUACUUUAUAACAUUUUGGUAGAAUACUUUUAGAAUACUUCUUUCAUAAUCACCUCAAAAAUAAGGCAGAAAGAAAAAAAUUCUUGUCAAUCAAGUGAGAAACUUGAUUGUUUUUCUAAAGAGUUUUUCUGAACAGAAAAAGAAAUUUUUAUUACUAUUAUUAACCUACUUUUACUGUGUUUUUGUAUGUUUGCAUUGUAUCUGAACAUGUUUAACAAUAGCCAAUGUGGCAUCACACAAUGUCUCAGAGAUCAAAGGUACAAGUUUUAGAGUUUUGAUUCCCCCCUCAUCAAGUGGUGCUUUCACAACUGUCACGUCUGUAACGACGGGUUUUCCUCAUUUAUGUGAAAACAACAGUUAAUAAAAAAUGAUUACUACAUGUUCUUAGGAGUGUCAACCCGUCUAUAU